AUGCGGGCAAUUCUUGUGAAAGAUGGCAAAGGCCCGGUUGAAAGCUUGUACUUGGGGGAAGCCGAGCAACCCAGACCUGGCCCAGGGAAGGUACUUGUAAAGGUCAAGGUAUUCGGUUUGAAUCGCAUGGACAUCCUCCAGCGCGAAGGAAAAUAUCCAAUGCCUCCGGGCGCGCCCACGAUCCUCGGCGUCGAGUUCUCGGGCACCGUCGUCGAGAUCGGCGAGGGCGUCGUCGAGUGGCGCGAAGGCGACGAGGUCCUCGGACUCGCCAUGGGCGGAGCAUACGCCGAGUACAUCAUCGCGCCGCACCGGAACCUGCUCCGCAAGCCCGUGCACCUUUCUUGGGUCGAGGCGGCUAGCAUCCCUGAGGUGUUUCUCACCGCGUUCCAGGCGCUGGUCGUGCUCGCGGAGGUGAAGAAGGGCGACGACGUGCUCGUGCACGCCGGAGCGUCGGGUGUAGGUCUAGCCGCGAUCCAGUUGGCACGUCUCAACGGGGCGACCACGGUGACCGCCACGGCGUCCACCCAAGAGAAGCUCGACAUGCUCCUCAGCAUUCCUGCGGGCGCAACGCACGCAGUGAACUACAAGACUUCCAACUUUGCCGCCGCGGUCAAGGAGACUACGGGCGGGAAAGGCGCGGACGUCGUCAUCGACUUCGUCGGAGCCUCGCACUGGCAAAAGAACAUCGACAGCUUGGCGUUCGAUGGGCGCAUGACGAUACUCGCGCUCCUAGGUGGCUCGCUCGUACCCGAGUUCGACCUGCGCAUGAUUCUGUACAAGCGACUGAGGAUUCAAGGAUCGACGUUGCGAGCUCGUUCGGAAGAUUACCAGGGAGACCUUAUAGCUCGGUUUGCACACGAUGCCUUCCCUCACAUCACUGGGGCUGAAGGCAGCGGCAUGAUCAAGACCUACAUCCAUAAGGUAUACCCGUGGACGGAGAUCCAAGAAGCCCAUAGUGAGAUGGAGGCCAACAAGAAUAGCGGGAAGAUUAUGUGUGAGAUCGUUUGA